CGGCAUUACUAACGCACUACUCUACUCCUGUCAAUUUUCUGUCGUUGUCGUCAGGAAAGAUAGUCAACCAGCACGAUGUCGGACGCCCCAGGCCGCCCCAUGAAGUUCCCCUACACUUUCAGCGCCAAACUGGCGCAGUUCCCCAUGAAGUUCUACGUCCAGAACCAGUGGAUCUGGAAAUACUGGAUGAUCGGAAUCGUUGUCUCCACCCCCGUCUUCUACAAGAUCCACAAAAUGGCCAACUCACCUGCAAACGUCAGCAAAUGGGCUGAGAUCAGGAGGAAGGAGGCAGCCGAGCACCACUAAUUUAGCAAGAUCAAUAAGUACUGGGUUAUAAGAACCAACUUGUGUGAUUUAUUUAUGUUGUAAGCGAAUAUUAAAUCAUGUAAUAGUUA